GUGACUGAAAAACUCAACCUGGCUGAGAAGACAGCGGUGGAUAUUGAUCAGCUUCGGGAUGGCUACAGACCAGCUGCCAAGAGGGGAGCCAUUUUAUUCUUCGUUUUGUCCGAAAUGGCGCUUGUCAACAUCAUGUAUCAGUACUCGUUAGUCUCCUUCUUAGAGGUUUUUGGACUCUCUCUUCGGAAAUCCAUGCCUAGUUCUAUUCUUCAGAAGAGGUUAAAAAACAUCAUGGAUACAUUAACUUUCAACAUCUAUAACUACGGCUGUACAGGCUUGUUUGAGAAGCACAAGUUACUCUUCUCCUUUAAUAUGACUGUCAAGAUAGAACAGGCUGAUGGCAGAGUUCCCCAAGAAGAACUUGACUUCUUUUUAAAAGGCAAUAUUUCCCUGGAGAAGAGUGCACGAAAGAAACCAUGUGCUUGGCUUCCAGAUCAAGGCUGGGAAGACCUAAUUCACCUGUCUGAACUAUUUCCUGAGAAGUUUGAAUCGCUUCCAGAUGAUGUGGAAAAAAAUCCAGAUGUGUGGAAAAAUUGGUAUGAUAUCGAUGCUCUGGAGCAGACGCCAUUCCCCAUGCACUACCAGAACAGUCUCACAAACUUCCAGAAGCUCCUGCUUCUGCGGUGCUUCCGAGUGGACCGGGUAUAUCGGGCAGUUACAGACUAUGUUACUCUGACAAUGAGUGAGAAGUACGUGCAGCCCCCCGUGAUCAGCUUCGAGGCCAUCUUUGAGCAGAGCAGUCCUUACUCGCCCAUCGUUUUUAUCUUAAGUCCUGGCUCGGAUCCUGCCAGUGACCUCAUGAAGCUGGCGGAGAGGAGCGGCUUUGGUGGGAACAGGCUCAAAUUCCUCGCCAUGGGACAAGGCCAAGAGAAGGUUGCCCUGCAGAUGCUGGAGAACGUGGUGGCUCGUGGCCUGUGGUUAAUGUUGCAGAACUGUCACCUGCUGGUGCGGUGGCUUAUUGACCUGGAGAAGGCCCUGGAGAAAAUCACAAAGCCUCACCCAGACUUCCGCCUCUGGUUGACGACAGACCCCACCAAGGGCUUCCCCAUCGGAAUCCUGCAGAAGUCACUAAAGGUUGUGACAGAACCACCUAAUGGUCUGAAACUGAAUAUGAGAGCUACCUACUUCAAAAUCCCCCCAGAAGCCAUAGAGCAGUGCCCACAUCCUGCCUUUAAAUCAUUAGUCUAUGUCUUGGCAUUUUUCCAUGCUGUGGUUCAGGAGAGAAGGAAGUUUGGCAAGAUUGGCUGGAAUGUGCCAUAUGAUUUCAAUGAAUCUGAUUUCCAGGUCUGCAUGGAAAUUCUCAACACAUAUUUGACAAAAGCUUUCCAGCAAAAUGAUGAGAAAAUCCCCUGGAGUAGUCUCAAGUAUCUUAUUGGUGAGGUCAUGUAUGGUGGGCGUGCAAUCGAUAGCUUUGAUCGCCGCAUUCUGACUGUCUACAUGGAUGAGUACCUGGGUGAUUUCAUAUUUGACACAUUCCAGAUGUUUCAUUUUUAUAAAAAUGAUGAGGUUGAUUAUAAAAUUCCGGAAGGGACUGUAAAAGAUGACUUUGUUGAGGAGAUUGAGUCGCUGCCCCUCGCUAAUACCCCGGAGGUCUUUGGACUUCAUUCAAACGCCGAGAUUGGGUAUUACACACAGGCAGCUCGCGACAUGUGGGCUCAUCUCCUGGAGCUGCAGCCUCAGACAGGUGAAUCCGGGACUGGAAUUAGUAGAGAUGAAUAUAUUGGGAAUGUUGCUAAGGAUAUACAAAACAAGAUACCGCAAGUGUUUGAUCUUGACCAGAUCCGGAAGGUUUUUGGAAUAGACAUAUCCCCUACUACGGUGGUGCUGCUGCAGGAACUGGAACGUUUUAAUAAACUGAUCAUUCGGAUGGCGAAGUCUCUGGCUGAGCUGCAGCGUGCCUUGGCGGGGGAAGUUGGGAUGAGCAGUGAACUGGACGACGUGGCUCGGGCUCUCUUUAAUGGACAGAUUCCCGGUAUCUGGCGGCGGCUGGCCCCGGACACGCUGAAAACACUUGGGAACUGGAUGAUUUUCUUUAGAAAUCGGUAUCAGCAGUACAGCACCUGGGUGAAUGAGGGCGAGCCCAAGGUCAUGUGGCUCUCGGGCCUGCACAUCCCCGCCCCCGCCCGGCGCGGCGCCCCUGCCGCAGGAACGGCUGGCCCCUCGACCGCUCCACGCUCUACACCGAGGUGA